ACGGGGCAAAAAGGCUAACUGUUACUGCCAGAGCUUAACACUGCAUGCCUUUUUGUUCCGGUUAUAAUGAGACAUGUUUCUUUUACAAGAAGUGAACGAAGGUAUGACUGUAUUAUAAUAGUUAAAGAAUCAUGACAGGAAUAAUAAAUAAAUAAAUGGCAAGAUCAGUGCAUACAUUUUAUUUACAUUUAAAACUAAAGAAAUAAUAAUAUAGCAAAAUAUAAAAUUUUUACUAUUUAAAAUGCUUAAACAUUUUACAGUGAGCCCUUUCUAUUGUUUGUUUGUUUGUUUUAUACACAUAAAAAAAAUCUGUUAUUUACACACUAUGUCACUUUAAGAAGUAACUUUACUCUAAUAAUAAAUAAAACUGGAAUAACAACUGCAAAAAAUACCAGCAUCUGACACGGAAGCUGAAGGGUUAAGGGUAAAGUGAACUGAAUUGUAAGAAGUUGGUUUCCAGGGGAACUAUUCUUACUGUUCCAGCUGAGUUGGGCUAAACCACUUUGCUUUCGAAAAGGGGGGCGACAAACACCCACAACACGAAUUUCUUUCAUUACAGUUUAGAGGAAAACAGAACACGGACGAAGACAAUAACUACAAACAUGUGCGGUCCUGUUUUAUAAGUUACAGUCUGUUCUUAAACAAUUUGCGGGGGUUUGACGGGUUUAAAUAUGCGCGUCUUCCCCGCAGCCGCUCUGUGCUGGCGGCCCUGCCAAGUCAGUUUGAAAAGAUCAGACAAAGGCAGCAGGAAGCCCCUCGGCUUGGCAAUGAGUGCGAGCGGAGCACAAACGCGAAACGAAACCUCACUCUUUUAUCUGAUAGCGGACUGAAUUUAUUUUCUCCCGAGGUUUGUGGCAGUUUUAGACAUCUUUUGAAAAUGUACGACCGUCUGGAUCCCCGGGUCGAGCGAAGACUAUUAUCAAAGCGCCAAACGGGCAGCAGCGCUGCCUGACCGCCGAUCGCUGUCGGUCUGAAUCGGAUCAAGCGUCUUUUGGGGGCAUUUUUUUGCUUUUGAAUCCUUCCUACACCGCUGAAAGGAUCACUCGGGACGGAGAGUUGUCGAUUUACACAGUUAAAUGUAAAAGGAAAAGCUUGAGGAGCUUUCUAAAAGCCUUUUUUCUCUCCUGAGGGGACUACGAGCCGCGACGGUGACCGUUGGUGGGGGUUUACCGCCGUUUGUUUUCUUGAGCGCGUUUGGAAGAUGGAGACGCACAUCUCGUGUCUCUUCCCAGAGAUUUUAGCCAUGAUUUUCAGCUACUUGGACGUGAGGGACAAAGGCAGAGUGGCCCAAGUGUGCACGGCGUGGAGGGACGCAUCCUACCACAAGUCCGUGUGGAGGGGGGUGGAAGCCAAGCUGCAUCUGAGGCGAGCGAAUCCGUCCCUGUUCCCCAGCCUCCAGGCGCGGGGCAUCCGGCGCGUUCAGAUCCUCAGCCUGCGGCGCAGCCUCAGCUACGUGAUCCAGGGGAUGCCCAACAUCGAGAGCUUGAAUCUGAGUGGCUGCUAUAACUUAACGGAUAACGGCCUGGGGCACGCGUUCGUGCAGGAGAUCCCUUCCCUGAGGGUGCUCAAUCUGAGCCUUUGCAAGCAGAUCACGGACUCCAGUUUGGGCAGAAUAGCGCAGUAUCUGAAAAACUUGGAGGUGCUGGAACUGGGCGGCUGCAGUAACAUCACGAACACGGGCUUGUUGCUCAUUGCGUGGGGUUUGCACAGACUCAAAAGUCUUAAUCUGAGGAGCUGCCGGCAUGUGUCGGAUGUGGGCAUAGGGCACUUGGCUGGCAUGACCCGGAGCGCGGCGGAGGGCUGCCUCAGUCUGGAAUACCUGACCUUGCAGGAUUGCCAGAAGUUGACGGACUUGUCCCUCAAGCACAUUUCGAAAGGCCUGACCAAGCUCAAAGUGCUCAACCUGAGUUUCUGCGGGGGCAUCUCGGAUGCUGGCAUGAUCCACCUCUCUCACAUGACGAGCCUGUGGAGCCUUAAUCUGCGCUCGUGCGACAACAUAAGCGACACGGGCAUCAUGCACCUCGCCAUGGGCACGUUGAGACUCUCUGGACUCGACGUGUCGUUUUGCGACAAGAUAGGCGACCAGAGCCUGGCUUAUAUCGCGCAGGGCCUGUACCAGCUCAAGUCGCUGUCGCUGUGCUCGUGCCACAUCAGUGACGAUGGCAUCAACAGGAUGGUGCGCCAAAUGCACGAGUUGAGGACGCUGAACAUCGGCCAGUGCGUGAGGAUUACAGACAAAGGACUGGAGCUGAUCGCAGACCACUUGACGCAACUGACCGGCAUCGAUCUGUAUGGAUGUACGAAAAUCACUAAGAGGGGACUGGAGAGGAUCACGCAGCUCCCCUGCCUUAAAGUUUUGAACCUGGGCCUUUGGCAGAUGACUGAAAGUGAGAAAGUGAGGUGAAACUUGGGGGGUUUUUGAAGGAAGGGAG